AAUAAAUAUUUUUUUGUAAAUUUUACUUUCACUAAAUAUUUUUUUAAAUAUAUUUAUUAAGUUAUUAAAAUUCAUUACGCAUCGUGUCAGCAGUCAAUCUUACAAUACGGAUUUGGAUCUUACAGAGCUAUUUUUUUAAACAUGAAAUUGAUAAUUUCUAUAAUCUUAAGUACUGUAUUUACAGUGAGUUUGUGUGAUGUAUCACAUAUUUUAAAUAAAGAAGGAUAUGUUGAAGAAUAUGUUGAAACUACAACGACCCCACAACCGCCUCCAAGACCAUAUUACUUUUCAUAUACGGCUGGACGUGCACCUGGACAUUUAGAUCGUUCACAUUCUGAAGGUAGUGACGGUUCAGGUGUUGUUAGAGGUAAUUACCAAUACGUGGAUCCACGUUUCCGAUUACGUACUGUCGAAUAUGUUGCUGAUAAAAAUGGAUUUUACCCAAUAUUAAAUUAUACACCAAAACCACUACCAGAUGAUUCACCAGUUGUAGAAGCUGCCAAACAAAAACAUUAUGCUUUAUAUGCUAAAAUCGCUAAUGCACAUGCACAAGGUAUUGGAAGUUUACCAUCAGCAACACCAAGACAAAGUGAAUCUGUAAUUCGUGCCACGAACAAACAUUACGAUUUAUUUAAUCAAAUCGCCGCUGAACAUGCACGUAUUGCCGAAGAACGAGCAGCUAUUUUAGCAACAGCUGAACCCAACACUCUUGAACAAUCAACUGAAGUUUAUUAGUAAUAAUAAAGAAUGUUGAUUUUUUUAUUUAAUUAUUUGUGUAAAUUUGUAUAAUUUUUCGUGUUAAAUAAAUUAUUUUUUUGUUAACAAAUUAACAAGGGUUUCAGGUGCUCGUUGUGUAAUACUUGUCUUUAAUAUGGUGUAAUUUUAAUGACUAAAUACAUGCUAAUUUCUUUAUUUGUUUA